CUAACUACUCGAAGGCGUUUUUGCACCUCUUCGUCGCCCGCCGCCAGAGGUUACCUACCAUCCCUCGGCUGGCGGUGACCCGACUGGUGAGCCGAAUGUCAUUUUGGUUCUCGUCUCGUUGUCGCCUACGCGAUUGGUUGUUAUGUCUACACGCGCACCUCCUUUUCCUUAGAUACCUAUGUUUUUGCCCACAGCAAAAACGAACCGGAAAAGCGCAGAGCGUAGCGAAGUGCUUCGAUGUAUACCAACCAGUAAGGUCUCACGUCUUAGGUAUCCUUCGGGUACGAUCAACUAGUAAGAGUCUUCGGCGAGAGCGGGAAGACACGUGGCGCUCUCGUGCCGGCAAGCAUCACUAUUCAUUACCGUGGAUUCUCGCGCCGCCGACACCUACUUAAUUAGUAUGACACGGCACGGGCGUGCCUAGAAAAGAAUCGCACCGCGUUACUCGUGAGCAGUGGCCGAUGCUGAACGGCGGAUUGCUAUCUAACAGCUAGAGUGACAACACGAUGCGAUAAUA